AAUAUGGCUGGCAGAAAUAAAAUAAGACAAUGCAGAGUUAAGAACCCUAAAAGUUCGUCUAUAAAUCAGAGUCAAACUACAGUCUCAAAGAGUAUCUUAGAGCCCAGGCAACAAAUGUGCCACAAAGAGGAAGAAGUUUUGAAUAAUUCAAAAUCUCUAGCCAUAGAAAAACCUACUCUUGAUCAUCAGAGAACAGUAAAUUACUCAGAAAGAACGGUUGAAACUAAAAGCUUUACUGAUUACCCUCAUAAUAACCAAAGAGAGUUGCUUACAAGCAAUUCCAAGAAGACUGACCAAUCCCAUCAUGAUGAAAUGUGGGAUUAUUAUCCAAAACAAGUGCAAAAAGUUCUGAAAAAGAAGAGAAUCAAUAAAGAAAAGAGCAAGAGCUUUAAUAAAGCAAGGAAAUAACAUUCACCUAAAACUUCCAGGAAAAAGAAACUAUAAGACUCUCUUUGCAAAUCUACAAGCAGUCACUAUGGCUGAAAUAAAAGAAAGCUCUUAUAUGUUCAAGAAUAUGAGUGAAGAGUAUUAUAAACUCAAGGCUGCUGAAAGAGAAGUUCAUAAAGCUCUCAAACAAAAAGGACUCUUCCUAGAUCAAAAAGACUUUAACAUCAUGGAGGCCUUAAAUGAUGCCUGCUCAGAGUAUUCCGAUGAUAAAGAAGAAAGCAAAGAUUCUAAGUCAGAGGGAAAAUCAUGCUUUAUUAGCGUGGAAAAUAUUGAUCAACCAUUGUCAAUCAGUAAGCCAGAUCCUCUUGCAUACUCUGGGCAUUUGCCUCUUAAAAAUAUCGGAAACUUGAAUCACCUUGGCAGGAGUAGUGCCGAGAGAGAAUUUCUUGAAGUACCUUCAUUCAGUAAUUCUGCUACUCCGAACAGUUUUACACUUGAAAAGAUAUCUCAUCACUCUAAAUAUACUAAUAAAUCAAAUCACAGCUUUGCCUCUAAAACUUCUAAAAGAUUGCUAUUCCAAGAUGCAAAAAUAGAGAGAAGACCAAAUAACCCUAGAGUACAAAAAGGAGACUUUCCUUGCAUUUGUAACAAAAGCAAUACAAUCGAGAACUAUUUUCAGGGCUAUGAGGUCUACCCAUAUGAGCCAUAUGCCUUACUCAACUUAGAGCCUGAUUCAGACGACCAGUCGAUUCUUGGAGGCAAUGAAUUGGUGAGAUCAAUAUCCGCCCCAGCACAUGAAACUUGUGAGUUCGAAGAAAAACUCAUCGGGCCUCUUCCAUUAGAAAGGCAACCAUUUUCUAACAGAGUAAAUCAAGAGAGACCUGCCCACAACUAUCGAGACCCUUGAGAUAAAAUUGACAUAAAAAGAAUUGUCAGAAUGGAGAAUCAUUGAGACCAAGAUGAAAACAGAUUCACCUAUAUAGACAGGAAUAUUUUUCCUGAAGCGUUCGGAAUGAACGACGAACAUAUUCACAUUUAAAUAAGCUCCUUCGCCUUCAUAAUGGAGUGGAGGGCACAAUAUCUGUUAAUGCCGAGAAACAAUUUAUAUUUCUAACACAAUUAACC